AUGGCCCAGACCUCAGGAUCUCUCAUGUCCUUCUUUGUAGGAAAGACAAAGGCAACCUUGAACAUCAUUUGGGAUGUAUACUCCAAACCAACACCCUGCAACCUCAAAGAGGUCUUUGGUCUCAUUGUCCUCUGCCUUGCCAUCUCAGGGUCCACUGGGGGACUGCUGUAUGUCUGGAUGAACUUCACACUGCAGUAUGACCCCUUCCCAUCCCUUAUCACAGCGGCAGUGUCGGGCUCCACCCUGGCCCUGGUCCUCUUCCUCCUUCAUCCAAUGCGCUGCGCUUUCACCAUCAUCUUACCCUCGCUGGGCACCAAGCAGGGCCGCAAGAUCCUCAUUUCCACAGCGCUGACAAUUUUGGCAACCAAAUGCAUCCCGAACAUGGUCAACAAUGUUUCCUCUGUGGUUGUCAUGAUGAAGUGUUCCACCCAGGUGGCUGUGGAGGGGAUCCUGAACUCCACGACGGAGAUAAAGUCUGCUGUGGCGGACAUGAAGGAAAUUUUGGAGGAUAUCCCAGAUUUUACAGACACAGAAACUAUUCCUCACCUUCAGCAAGGCACCAACAUUUAUGAAAUGAUGCAGAAACUUGAGAAAGUUUCCAAAGAGCUCAAGGCAGACAUCAGCACACAACAGAAAGUUUUGGAGACCACCUCAAAUGUGGUGCAAAAAGUCAUUGCAGUGGCCUUCAUUUUACUCUUACUAGGAGGUUCAGUGUGGUACCUGAUUGGAUAUCUGACAGAUAUAUUGCUUGGUGGCGCAAUUGGAGACAUAGUUGAUUUCUUUGGAUCUGCCAACGUUAAAACCAUGCGUAAAGAUUAUUCUUACGUCAUCCCAAUGUUACCACCACGGUGUGUGAAGGAGCUCUCCCCUCCGGAACAGUCUGUGCUGGUGACAGUGGGGGCGCUGUACCUUACUGCCUUCUUCAUGACCCUGGUGGAGGUGUAUGCCCGGCGAAUGCGCAGGAAAAUCUGCACCUCCUUCUACAGAAAACGGGAGGAGCAGAGGGUGCAGUACCUUCUGGCGAAGGUGUUGAAAAAGAGAGAAGGGCCAGUGAACUGA